UUGAAAUCACCCUAGACAAGAAGAAAGGAAGGAAAUUGAACAAAGCAACACGGCGCAGCCAUGGAUUCCGACUUCCCGAACAAAGCGUUGACGAGCACGCGUUUUUCCGACCUGAAUCCGCCACUUUCCGACUCCGUUCUACAGGCCCUAUCACAAUCUGGCUUCGACUUCUGCACGCCGGUCCAAGCCGCCACCAUUCCUUUGCUCUGCAGCUUCAAAGACGUUGCCGUCGAUGCCGCCACCGGUUCCGGUAAAACCCUAGCCUUUGUCGUUCCUCUCGUCGAGAUUCUGCGCCGGUCCUGCUCUCAUCCCAAGCCUCACCAGGUGCUAGGGAUAAUUAUAUCUCCUACAAGGGAGCUUUCAACCCAAAUAUAUAAUGUGGCACAACCAUUCAUUUCGACAUUGGUGAAUGUUAAGUCCAUACUCCUCGUUGGUGGAGCGGAAGUAAAAGCAGACAUAAAGAAAAUAGAGGAGGAAGGAGCAAACAUAUUGAUCGGCACGCCUGGGCGGUUACAUGACAUAAUGAAUCGGAUGGAUGUCUUGGAUUUGAAAAACUUAGAGAUUUUGAUUUUGGAUGAGGCUGAUAGACUCUUAGAUAUGGGAUUCCAGAAGCAGAUAACUUCUAUUAUAUCUAUAUUGCCUAAGCUUCGUCGGACUGGUCUAUUUUCUGCUACUCAAACUGAGGCUAUUGAAGAGCUUUCUAAGGCGGGACUGAGAAACCCUGUGAGGGUUGAAGUUCGAGCAGAAACUAAAUCAGAAAAUGAUCCUGCGUCAUCAAAACAGCCAGAGUCUUCAAAAACACCUUCAGGACUUCACAUUGAGUACUUGGAAUGCGAGGCAGAUAAGAAGCCAUCACAGCUCAUAGAUAUUCUUAUUAAAAACCGCUCAAGAAAAAUUAUAAUAUAUUUCAUGACUUGUGCUUGUGUUGAUUAUUGGGGAGCUGUUCUUCCUAGUCUUUCUGUUUUGAAAGGUUUCUCCUUGAUUCCUCUACAUGGAAAGAUGAAGCAGUCUGCAAGGGAGAAAGCACUGGCUACAUUUACAUCCCUUUCAAAUGGAAUUCUGCUAUGUACGGAUGUUGCUGCACGAGGACUUGACAUACCAGGCGUUGAUUGUAUAGUGCAGUAUGAUCCCCCUCAAGAUCCAAAUGUUUUUGUACAUAGAGUUGGUCGAACUGCUCGGCUGGGAAAACAGGGUCAUGCAGUUGUCUUCUUAUUACCAAAGGAGGAAUCUUAUGUAGAAUUCUUGCGUAUAAGAAGAAUUCCUCUCCAAGAGAGAAUAUGUUCUGAUGGUGCAUUGGAUAUUGUUCCUCAGAUUCGUUCUGCUGCAAAAAAAGAUCGCGAUAUCAUGGAGAAAGGAAUUAAGGCUUUUGUCUCUUACAUCCGUGCUUAUAAAGAGCAUCACUGCUCUUAUAUUUUUAGGUGGAAAGAACUUGAAAUUGGCAAAUUGGCCAUGGGAUAUGGCUUAUUACAACUUCCUUCAAUGCUAGAGGUCAAACAUCACUCCCUUUCCACUGACGGAUUUGAACCAGUUGAAGAUAUCAAUUUCGCAGACAUUAAGUACAGGGAUAAAUCACGGGAGAAACAAAGGAAGAAGAACCUACAAGCAAAGAAAGAAGCCAAAGAGAAAGAGCCAAAACCUCAAAAACCAAAGAAAACCCCAGAUGCUGUCAUGCGGAAGAAAACAGCUCGACAGAGACGUGCUCAACAGACAAUAGAAGACGAGGAGGAGUUGAUGCAAGAAUACCGCUUGUUGAAGAAAUUGAAGAAAGGGACCAUAGACGAGAAUGAAUAUGCCAAGUUGACAGGCACUGAGGAAUUACUUUGAAAGCAAGGUGUGCAUGCCUGGCUGUGCUGUUCUGGGUACAUGGUUGGUGUUGUAAAGGUCUUCAUUCAGUAAUGAAUGACAGUUCCAAUCACCACAUUUUGACUAGUAAAUUACGACAUCCUUGCCUUGUGGUUCUGUACCUUUGAAAAAUCUGAAGACAAAUACAUCUUUCACUAGAAAUGGAGUUUGAAGAGUUCAGAAGAUGGAAUUCCAUUUGGUUGUUGCUACACAGCCAUGAAGCCUUCAACAGUGAACUGAAAUGCACUUACAGAUUAUCAUACAUGGAGAAUGGUGACGGUGCGGAGAUCUGUGGCAAAGUUAUGAAAAGCAUGAAGAUUAAUAUAUUAUAUACAAAAUCGUUUGCCCUAAUUAUUCUUUAGUAUUUACAUACAAUGAUCAUGUGAUUUUGAUUAGUCUGAUAGUUUCGCCGUGGAGCUUCAAAGUAGAAUCAUAUUUUAGGUGUUUGUAUUGAAAACUGGGUUAUAUGUUAAAGAAUCUUGCCGUGCAUUCUUUAGUGAA